AUGUCAACACUCACUUUUGAGUCCCUCUGUUUAGAGGAUAAUGAUCCAUCCACGACAUUGAGACGAGGCUUGGAAGAGGAUUUUGACACAGACUUGGAUGAAAAAGAAGACAGAAGCAAUAAGACGUCCAUAGCUGAUGUCUACCGACAAGCCUGCAAGCUGGUGGGUGUUGUUCCAGUCUCCUACUUCAUACGGAAUCUCGACUCUCCCACCAUGACCCUCACCCACCAUGGCCUUGGACCUUUGGGGUGCAAAGCACUCGCUAUUGCUUUGGUGAGUGAUACGCAUCUCAAUACUCUGGAACUGGCUGACAACUACAUACAAGCAGAGGGAGCCAAGGACCUGGCAGAGAUGCUGAAGGCUAAUUUCACCAUCCAGCAUUUGGACUUGUCCAACAACCAUCUUCUUUCUUCUGGAGCUGAGUAUGUAGGCAAAAUGUUGCUGGACAGCCUUUCGCUAAAAUCUAUCAAACUCUCAGGAAAUGGAUUUACAGAUGAUGAUGCAAAGUAUUUUGUAGAAGCCUUUUCGAUUAAUUUAAGUAUUAAGGAGUUAGACCUCAGCCAUAAUAGGUUUUGUGGACGCGGAGGAGAGCAUCUUGGACUGUUGCUGGCAAGCAACGCGUGUCUGGAGGUGUUGAACCUUUGUUGGAAUCAACUCAGAAUGAAAGGAGCUGUUGCUCUAACUGCUGGACUCAAGGUGAAUACAAUGUUAAAGCACCUUGAUCUAUCAUGGAAUGGUUUUGGGAACGAGGGGGCCCUAGCAAUGGGUGAAGCUCUGAAAUUCAACAACACUCUGGUGCACCUCAACCUCAACAACAACCGCAUCACCAAUGAGGGUGUCAGCAUGCUCUGCAGGGGUCUUGAGUACAACGACACUCUCCGGGUUCUGAUGCUAGCUUACAAUUCACUAACAGUCGAGGGAGCACUGUCCCUGGUCAAUAUGGUAAAGAAAACGCCUAAAACUGCCUUGGAAGAGAUUAAUAUAUGUAAUGUGUUGGUCAAUGAAAACUUUUUACAUCUGCUGGAGGUGACAUGCAAAGAGCAUCCAAGUUUGGAUGUACAGUAUGGAGGGGUUGGAGUUUUUAUUGCCAAGAAACCAGUCAAACGGAUCGAUCCAAUGAAAGUCAUCCAGGACUAUCUGGAUCAACACAAGAUACGUUUGUGGGAUUUCUUCCGAAAUAUUGACAAAGAUGCCACCAUGCAAGUCCCUGUGGUUGAUUUCAGGAACGCAGUACAGCAAUCAAGUGUUCCCUUGGAUCGAUUCCAGAUUGAAGAGUUUAUCCAGAGGCUCGAUCGCGACAGGACAGGAAUGGUAGACUACAGGGGACUGGUAGAUACCAGGAAGCAGAUGAUGCAGAAUCACCGCCAACAUCUGCGGAAGAUCGCAUCCCGUCAGAAGAAAGAGAAGCAUAAGAGCGACCGCAUCCUCAAGACGUUCCAGAGCGCCGUGGAGGCAGUGACGCCUCACGGCUCUGUGGUCAUAUCUCCAGGGGAUGUCAAAGAAGAGUCAGCUGGGCCCCAUCGCUUCUCCGCAACUCCUCUCAGCUCUUGGCACCACAUUGUGAUGUCAAACAGUGGCUGGUACACAGUCUCCAACCCCAGCAGUGACCACGUCCACCUGCCCAUGUUAGCAGGCGCGACGCCACCCCAUAUCACCAAGUCUUCAGAUUUGUACUCGCGUUCCCAACCUAACUUGCUGAUUACUUCUCCUCAAUCUGCCCAAGGCAGGUCCAUCCCUGCAUGGGCUGUAAAUUACACUCUCGAGAUGGGCCGCAACAAGAUUAAGCAACCAACUGUUAGCCACCUGACCAGGUCCAGACCUGCUCUUGAUAGCACGCAGCUUAGGAAUAAAGCCAAGAAAGGGAAAAAAGCUAAAGCGAAGAAAUUUGUGGAGAAGAACUCAAAGAAUAUGAACUCAUUUUAA